AUGGCCCCGUCCACGUGGGUUGUUGUCGGAGCUUCCCGUGGAAUUGGACUUGAGCUCGUCCGCCAGUUGCUAGAACAAGGCAACCAGGUGAUAGCAGCAGUGCGCGCACCAGAAACCGCAAACGAAAUCUGGCAGCUCGCUGCACAGCAGACGAGACCAGCUGCCUGCCUGAUCGAACAGUGCGAUGUGACCAAGGAAGCAAGCAUCGAUGCAUUUGUCAGUGCGAUCAAGAGACUGAUCGACAAAGGAGUGCGGAUAGAGAAUAUCGUAUUGAACGCCGGCAUAUUGAAGUAUCCAAAUAGAGCUACUGAGAUAUCUUUCAGUGACUUCGCCCUACAUCUGCACACGAACACGAUAGGUCCGAUCAUCAUCGCACAGAAAUUGCUGAAAAUCAGUGGAGUGGCACCCCCUUCAAAGGUGAUCUUCAUCUCGUCGGACUCGGGUUCUACACAACUCUUUCGAGACCAUGAAGAUGGAUUUGGCGCGUAUGGGGCUAGUAAAGCCGCGUUGAACCAGAUGCUCCGGCACAUGGCUGCCGAACUCAAACGAAAAGGGAGCAAGCAUGCGGAUGUCUGCGUGCUGGCCAUGCAUCCUGGGGAAGUCCAGACGGACAUGGCCAAUAUCGAUGUAGAUUGGGAGGUCGAGGGUAUUAUCCACCCCCAAGAAAGCGUGACGAAGAUGUUGGAGGUUUUUGCGCAGAAAGGGAAGGACGACAGUGGCACAUUCUGGUGUUGGGACGGCAGGAAACAUCCUUGGUAA